GCAUGUAUUUUUCUUGUUCAGUGCGCAUUUGUUAUGCUCCAGAUGUAUCGAUGGUGUAACGUGCCGCAAGCAGUUCAGCAAGCAGUUCAGAAAAGGAAAGCAAGAGAAGAACUAAUGAGCGCGCAAAUGCGUUUGGAGACGACGGAUAUGCGAUGAGCCCCCUCUAUGUGCUUCUGGCCUGCUUUUUCGUCCAGACAACAUUUGUGGAAGGGCGAGGAAAAGGAGGGUGUUCAUUGAGACCGAAACCAGGAAACUGUACUAGUAUUCCUUGGUGGAACUAUAACCCAAAAUCACAGAAAUGUGAACUGAUAACGGAAGGAUGUCCUCGCAAGAAGCGUAACUAUUACCGCUCAUGCGAGAUAUGCGCAGAAACAUGCAUCAAGCAGAACCAAGAAACACCGAAGAAGAAACCCUGUCCCGGAAAGCUUAAACAAGUAUUAAACAAGCUGAGAAAUAAACUGAGAAAGCCACCUUAUACGAGUUCUAUGUGAUUUUGCGCGGUGCCUAAAAAAUAACUAAAAAUUACUUGCGGUGGCCACAGGUACCGAGCUAAAGAAAUUACCAAGUUAUAAAUAUAAUGAAAUGAGUCAUAACUCUUACGUAAGAUAGGAAGAAUUGUGGCACCUAAACGUUUCACCUACUUCAUAUUUUGCUACAA